UAUCAUAUUCGAACAGAUAAAUAAAACUUAUAGCACGUUAAGUUUUAAAACAUUUUUCACAUUCGUAUUCAUCUUAACAAAGAGACAAAAUGGCAAAAUGCCCCAAGUGUAACAAGAAUGUCUACUUUGCUGAAAAAGUGACAUCUCUUGGUAAAGAUUGGCACCGUCCGUGUUUAAAAUGCGAAAAGUGCGGAAAGACUUUGAACCCUGGCUCCCAUGCGGAGCAUGAUGGGAAGCCGUACUGUAACAACCCAUGCUAUACUGCACUGUUCGGACCUGGUGGAUUUGGAAGAGGUGGUACAGAGAAACUACUAAUUAAUUGUGAUCUUUUAGCAACUUUUAAAAAGAAACUUUUAUUAGCGUGUAUUAGCAUUUGUUUAACUACUGCAUACAGAAUGCCAAACUGCCCAAAUUGCAACAAGCCUGUCUACUUUGCUGAAAAAGUGACUUCUCUUGGUAAAGAUUGGCACCGUCCAUGUUUGAGAUGCGAGAAGUGUAAAAAGACUUUGUCAUCUGGAUCACAUGCGGAGCAUCAAGGAAAACCAUAUUGUCACAAUCCUUGCUAUUCUGCAACUUUUGGACCUGGUGGUUUUGGAAGAGGUGGUACAGAAAGUUACAAAUACUAAACUCCGCUGAUAAUGAUCAUGCGAAGCUCUAUGAAGACAUGCACUUUCUUUCAUUUAAAUCUUCUUAAAAUAAUUGUAAACAUUUCAAAACAACAUUCCUUCACCUAAUGAAAUAUUAUCAUUAAAUUAAAUCUUUGAAGUUGCUUUUAUGAACUUUUUCCAAAAUGUAUUCAAAAUGAAACACUCCGAAUUGAUUUUUAUCACAAUGAACAUAACUGUAUAUGAUCAGGCUUUUCCAAACUCUGGUUCAUGGCUUCAAUAUAGGGAUGAUCCAACAAUCUAAGAAAAUUCACAAUUUACAAACUCAGAACAUGAAUUGUACAGUGACUUGCAGUUCUUUAAACGUUCCGUUAUUCAAAAAGUUUGAAAACCCAAAUUGACACUCCAUUACAAAUAGUUCCAUUUUUGUUUCUUAUGCAGUACUUUAUCACAUUCCCAAUCUAUUGCAUGGCUUUUAAUGUUUUAGUAAUAACCUGGAUGCAAAUUACAUAUCUGCUUUCUAUUUGCGCUGUAAAGUGUUCAUGUUGUAUAUUAAAUCCAUCGUAGAAAUAUUAAAA